AUGCGUGCUUUUUUCAACUUGGCUGUAGCUUCUGCUACGGCGUUCUUUGCUCAGACUAUUGCAGCACCAAUGCCUAUAGUUGUAAGCCCCGGAGGAAAAGGAGAUCUGAUUAUUACUCAACAGAAUACUGUUAACCACACCUUUCACGGCCUAUCCCAAAAUAUGACUAUAAAAGAAUAUAACCCGCUUAAGAUCUCUCUUGUUAACAACUUUGGAGGAGGGCAACUGAAUGUCUACGUGAGUGGUAACGACCCCUCCGGCGCCGUCGUUAUGCUCUCGGCCGAUGGUACUUGGUAUCGCCCGGACGCUGCUGGCAGUGAAGUGCCCGUACCUAUCGCCGGCAACGUCGCCCUCCCUAUGAACGCCCAAGGACAAACUACCGAGUUCACUCUACCCGAUUAUAUUAGCUCCGGUCGUAUUUGGAUUGCCGAAGGUGAACUUCAGUUCUUCGCCGUUCUCGCCGGCGACGGAACAUCACAGCUUGUCGAACCCGCUGCCGCAAACCCUUCGGACCCUUCAGCGGCGGUCAACUGGGGCUUUGUCGAACUUACCAACACUGAGGAGGGAGGUAUCUACGCCAAUAUCUCAUUCGUUGAUUUUGUCGGUCUAGUGAUGGGUAUGACCUUGACUCUUGGUACCGGUGAGACUCAAGAGGUGAAGGGUCUCCAGCAGGACUCUCUCGCCACUAUCUGUCAGGAAUUGAGGGACCAGGCGGCAGCUGAUGGUCAGCCCUGGGACAAGUUGUGUGUUACGGACGCCAACGGCAACCCGCUACGCAUUCUCGCCCCCAACCUAUACCAGUCCAUCGAUCCCACCGCCCAGGCCAACUACUACGACGACUACAUUGAGCAGGUCUGGCAGAAGUACACUAACGAGGAUCUUAUCAUCAACACACAAGCUGCCGCAGGAAAUGUUGCUUGCCGCGUCAACGGCGACGAGCUCACCUGUGCCGGGGACAACCGCGGAUACCCUCGACCCGCUGUCGCCGAUAUCUGGGGCUGCAACUCGGGUCCCUUCGGCAUCCAAGACAUCGACAACGAUGUUCACAGAGCAAUUGUUCCUAGGCUAUGUGCUGCUUUCUUCCGCACCACUCUGCUCCUUGACGGUGGCAACGUGCAGCCUUCGAUGGCCAGUGACAGCUACUACACUGUAGACCCGACGAACCACUACUCUCGCAUUCUUCACAAGCACGAGAUCGACGGAAAGGGAUAUACCUUCUCGUACGACGACGUCAACCCUGAUGGCGAGAACCAAGCCGGUGUUGUCGCCGGACUUCAGCCGCAGGUCUUACAGCUCACCGUCGGCGGAUUUCCUUCCUAA